AUGGCUCCACCUUUCUUCCCAGACAUCUCCAAGAACAUCAACAACUUACUGAACAAUGAUUUCUAUCAUUCCACUCCUGCUGCCAUCAAAGUGAACACCACAACCAACAACGGUGUCAAAUUCACAGUCAAUGCCAAACAACCAGUGAAAGAAGGCGCAUUACAAGCUGACGUUGAGUCCAAAUUCUUCGAAAAGACAACCGGUGUCACUUUAACUCAAGGUUGGUCCAAUCAAAACAGACUAAACACCAAGAUCGAACUAGCUAGCUUAGCUCCAGGUUUGAAAUCGGAAUUAAUCACUAGCUACACUCCAAGUGUUGGUGCCAAGAAUGCCAAAGUAAACAUGAGUUUCGUCCAACCAUUCUUCGCCGCAAAGGGUACUUUCGACAUCUUCAAGAGCCCACUAUUCAUCGGUAAUUUAACUUUAGCUCAUGAAGGCGUCGUUGGUGGUGCUGAAUUUGGUUACGAUAUCACAGGUGGGACCAUCUCUCGUUACGCUCUAUGUUUGGGAUAUUCUGCUCGUGAUUAUAAUUUGGCAUUGUCCAUUAAUGAUGCUCGAAUCACAAGUGCAUCGUUCUAUCAAAGCGUUAGCAAGAUUUUACAAGUUGGUGCGAAGGCUACUUUGAACCCUCAACGUGGAUCUAACGUGGGCAUUGAAUUUGCUACUAAGUAUAAUCCAGAUCCAACUUCCCAAAUUAAGGCAAAGAUUAAUGAUGGUGGAUUGUUGACUUUGUCUUAUAAACAAGAUUUAAGACCUGGAAUUACUUUGGGUGUUGGGACUUCUUUGGAUGCUUUGAAAUUGGAUGAACCUAUUCAUAAAUUGGGCUGGUCAUUAACUUUCUCUGCUUAA